AUGAAACUUCUAUCGGUUUUCUUGAUUCUCGUAUCAAGUGCUUCUGGAUCGUUCACUGUUCCAAGCGGAGCUAAGCUGCAACUCUUGAAGCAUUUUCAUGAUUAUAUAACAACGUUCUUUACUCCACAACAAGUCUCAAAGGCCAUUGACAUAACAGCUUUUGAUAUUCAUCGUGGUCGCAAGUCAAACGAGAUUUUAUCACAUUUGGAAGAUUUUGGCCGAAGCUCACUAACCGAUGACCAGUUGACUGAGCUCUCAUCGGCAUAUGACCUAUUAUCGGAAGAUUUGGGCAAUAAAGGAUCAGCCGUCGUCUUUCAACGAAUCAAAAAAAUAGUUAUUUAUGCUGUUGAGCCAGCAAUAGCUAAGAUUCGAAUGAACAGCGACACACCGGAAACUGCUUAUGAAACAAUGCUCAGCGUGUUUACUACUGAAUAUGUGUCGGCUAUCAAGCAAUUGAUUCAUAUGACUCUAACACCUACAGAGCUUAAGGCUGUUCAAGCUCGUUUUGGAAAAGUAUUUCAUCUGAUAUGA